UUAUUAUCAUGUAAAUACGACACGAUAAAUCGCAUUUUUUCUUUUCAACCUCUGCUUGCCAGCCUUGCCCAAAUAGACGGCGUCUUCGAUGCGAUGGAACCUGGAAGAAUGGCUAUGGAGUGUGAACUGUGAAGUGAAUGCUUUAGAUCCAAUUGAGCUGUAACCUACAAUCUUCAACUGUUCUACCUUUGAAAUCCCCAAAUUUGCGCCCUAAAAUGCAUCAGUCUGGUGUCAAAUUUGAUCUUUAGCAUGCCAGCAAUAAGCAACCCUAUAAUGGCGAGGCAUUCGUUGAUUUCAAUCCCAAAGAGAUGGUCGCUGGUGAUAUUACUCUGCAUCGCCCUCUCCACCGCUAUUGCCUUCUUCAUCGGAGCCUCGUUCAGAGCCUGCAACUCUCAGGAUUACUCUGACAGCAAGAGUUUCAACUCUCCCGUUCACGAGAAAGAAGAUGAUCCGCUCAGUUUUAUGAAAUCGAAGCUCGUCCUUUUGGUUUCCCACGAGCUCUCGCUUUCCGGUGGACCGUUACUGUUAAUGGAACUUGCCUUCUUGUUGAGAGCUGCUGGCACUCGGGUUGUGUGGAUCACUAAUCAGAAGCCCACUGAACUGGAUGAAGUGAUUUACAGUCUAGAAGAAAGAAUGAAGGACAGAGGAGUGGAGGUUUUACCUGCUAAGGGGCAGGAAGCAGUUGAUACCGCUCUUAAGGCUGAUCUAGUUGUUUUAAAUACAGCCGUGGCCGGCAAGUGGCUGGAUGCUGUGCUCCAAGAUAAUGUGCCUCGUGUGCUUCCCAAGGUUUUGUGGUGGAUUCAUGAAAUGCGAGGGCAUUACUUUAAACUGGAGUAUGUUAAGCACCUCCCUUUUGUUGCAGGUGCCAUGAUCGACUCACACACCACUGCCGACUACUGGAAGAACAGGACUCAUGAGAGACUAGGGAUUAAGAUGCCUGAUACCUAUGUUGUGCAUCUUGGCAAUAGCAAAGACUUGAUGGAAGUGGCUGAAAACAGUGUGGCGAGAAGGGUUCUUAGAGAGCAUAUUAGAGAAUUACUUGGAGUCCGAAAAGAUGAUCUUCUGUUUGCCAUUAUAAAUAGUGUUUCCCGAGGGAAAGGUCAGGAUCUAUUUCUCAAAGCUUUCAAUGAAGCUCUGCAGCUCCACCAAGAGAGGAAACUGAAAGUGCCACCAAUGCAUGCGGUUGUAGUGGGGAGUGACAUGGGUGGCCAGACAAAAUUUGAAACAGAAUUACGUAAAUUUGUUGAUGAAAAGAAAAUUCAGGACAGCGUGCGCUUUGUGAACAAAACAUUGAAUGUAGCUCCUUAUCUGGCUUCCAUUGAUGUUCUUGUUCAAAACUCUCAGGCACGUGGAGAGUGUUUUGGGAGAAUAACCAUUGAAGCUAUGGCGUUCCAGCUUCCUGUAUUGGGCACAGCUGCCGGGGGCACAACUGAGAUUGUAGUAAAUGGCACCACAGGCUGGUUGCAUCCAGCUGGCAAAGAAGGCGUAACAGCUCUUGCAGAAAACAUCAUUCGACUGGCUAAAGACUCCGAGAUGAGAAAGAGAAUGGGGUUGAAGGGCUAUGAUCGGGUCAAGGAAAUGUUCUUAGAACACCACAUGUCGCAUAGAAUAUCCUCAGUUUUGAAGGAGGUUUUACGAAAGGCAAAGAGAGGUUCACACACACACACACGCACGCACAACCGGCGGCACCACAGCGCACACCAUCGCCCGUCGCCUACGUCCGACCCGUCGCCACCAUCCCCAACCACCGUCACCGAUCGGCCGUCGCGUACGUCUAACUCGCCGUCGCAGAUCCCAAUCUCAGCCGCCGCGACUCCCCAUCCCAGCCACCGCGGCUCCCCAUCCCAGCCACCGCGCCACCCAGCCCAAUCGCCGCCGUCAAAUCAACAAUCCGGACUGACAGAGACGAGGCAGCGAGCCGGCGGACGAAGGCUAUGCAAGGCGGCUCCCCACCCCCGCCACCGUUACCGGCCCCGACGUCCGUCACGCCUCAAACUUCCAUCGCCGUUCGACGCGCCACAGAUUGGUAUACCCAUUCGAAAUAUCUCCGACGACCGUCCAGAUCCAGUUAUCUGUCACCAUCACCCACCGCACUUCAGCCCACCCCCGCCGCUCGCUGCGCCACAGAAGACGUCCAGAACAAUAUAUUCUCCGGCGAUUUGUGACGAUUUAGAAGAUGGACUUUGA